CCUGUAUCAUGAAAAAACUAGUGACCAAUUUAGCAGUCUUAACGUUGACAUACAUGUGAAUAUAGAAUCAAAUAAAGAAAUACAAGAUUUCAAAUACGUAUCGCAACUUUAAAGGUAACGGAUCCAUCUGAUUCAGAAAGACUUGUCGAAGUUGCAUUUCUGAAUUAGAACAUGUCUAAUUCAUCGGAAAAAGAAAUAAUUAAGGUAGAUUCAGAUACAUGCGAAACUACUGAGGAUUUGGAAAAAGAAGUAUGGGGGAAGAAAAUUGAGGGAUUUUUAUCGUUGUUAGGCUAUAUUGUUGGAUUAGGAAACCUAUGGAGAUUUCCUUAUUUAUGCAUGAAAAAUGGCGGAGGAGCUUUUUUGAUACCGUUUGUUGUAUGCAUCAUAUUUGUUGCCUUUCCAAUAUUUUUCCUGGAACUUUCUCUGGGACAGUUUACAGGCAGAAGUACCAUUCACUGUUGGGAGGCAUGCCCACUGUUUAAAGGGGUUGGAUUUGGAAUGGUGUUGGUCAAUGGAAUGUGUUGUGUUUAUUACAUCAUGGUUGUCACGUGGUCAAUUUACUUUAUUGGGAAUUCAUUUCUAUCACCUUUACCGUGGUCAAGUUGUUCUAAUUGGUGGAAUACAGAGAAAUGCCUUUCAGAUGCAGAUAGUCUUCGAAACAAUGUAACAACUUUAAGAUCGUUAAGCUCUUAUGUAUUGAAUGGCCAGACUAAUGUUACACAAUACUUAGUGAAUACAUCCACGGAAUUACAAACUAAAGAUGAAGUACAUCAAUUAUUGAAUUUGAAUACAACAAUGAGCAGUGAGGAAGAAUUCUGGCAAUACAAUGUAUUAAACAUAUCAUCAGGAAUCGAAGACAUCGGAAGUUUGAACUUGAAAAUUCUUUUUUGUUUGAUUGGAGCGUGGAUUAUUGUUUAUUGUUGUCUAAUGAAAGGAGUAAAAUCUGUUGGAAAGGCUGUGUAUGUGACUGCUACAUUACCAUAUAUACUACUGCUGGUAUUGCUUAUAAAGGGUGUAACGUUACCUGGAGCAACGGAGGGCAUUCUCUAUUACAUUACACCAAACUUUUCUCAAGUACUUAAUUUUCAGGUAUGGGCUGAGGCAGCCGUUCAAGUGUUCUUUUCUACAUGUGUCUCUUGGGGACCUUUGAUUACCAUGGCUAGUUACAACAACUUUAAAAAUAAUUGUCUCAGGGAUUCCAUUCUACUGGUUACAUUGGGAGAGUUUACCAGUGUGAUGGUAGGAUUUGUGGUAUUUUCUAUAAUAGGAUACAUGGCACAUACUAGUGGGCUACCUGUGGAUGAAGUCGUCAAAUCGGGUCCAGGGUUAGUAUUUAUUGCUUAUCCGGAAGCAGUUUCAACACUCCCAUUUCCAAAUCUAUGGGCAGUGUUGUUUUUUGUAAUGGUUUUGACAUUAGGACUGGACACUCAGUUUGGUACAGUUGAACCAGUUAUUGCUAUUUUUACUGGAAGUUACAGGAAAAUCAGACAAAAUCGAAUGCAGUUUACAGCAUUGGUAGUGUUUGCUGGUUUUCUACUAGGUCUACCUCUCUGUUUUCAGGGUGGUAUAUACUUCUUCCAAUUAUUUGAUUGGUUUGCUGGAGCAGGAGUUCCAUUGUUUGGAUUAAUAGAGUGUAUAGUAUUUGGCUGGAUAUAUGGCGCUGACAAUUUCUCACGUGAUAUAGAACAAAUGAUUGGAAGACCUGUUCCUGUUAUCAUUAGGAUAUUAUGGUGUUUUGUCACUCCAACUGUGCUUUUUAUAUUACUUAUAAUAAUAGUGACAACAUAUACAUUGCCUACAUAUGGAAAUUACUCAUAUCCUGCUGCAGCUAAUAUAUUUGGAAUGAUUACAGCAAUCAUUCCUAUCAUUCCAAUACCUAUUGUAGCAUUUUUAGAAAUUCGGAAGGCUGAGGGAUGUGGCUUUUAUGAGAAAAUGCGUAAUGCACUGAAACCAACCAAUAAGUGGAUGCCUAUUGAUAAAGAUUUAGCCAAAUACUAUAUAGACCGUCGUGUGAUUACUGACAAAACAGUUGGAGGGAAAAUCAGACGAAAUAUACUUGGAAGAUAAAAAUAGAACUAUAUAGAUUUAUUUA